UUUACUUCCUCAUGCUCUAAUGAUGGUUCGUCCAUGUUGCGCGCCGAAGCGCCGUCCCUCGCAGUCCCCCCUCUCCGUGGCUCUCGCCGAGCCUCCUCUGUUUAAAUGGGCCAAGUUGAGAAGCGGCGGAGAGUGCAAAUCUUGUUUGGUCUAGGUCUGUGAACUUCAGCGUGACUUCAACGACAUACACAGGGGUUAAAAACAACUCUUUCCAAACUUCCAAUUGUAUAAAUGUUGCGCAAAUAGGCAUAGGCUACUACUCAAGAAUAUCAAACCUGCUACGUUUGGCUUAUGUUUGUGAGUAAUGCCAUAUGCCACAUUGGUUUGAGUAACAGGAGAAAUGCUCUAUUAUCAAUUUCUUUUUUUAUUAUCUUCAUUGGCUGUGACAUUGUAUCUUGACCAGAUGUAAACUCUCAUUAUUGGAUCGAUGUGCGUUGUUUUUUAGGGCUGCACAGCCGAUUUAAUAUUCUGCCUUUACACAGUGAAUAUAUAAAAAAACAAAAGACUCCAACUUCUAAUUUCUCCAAGGGCAAAGAAAUAAGAGACAGGACGCGUAGCUUCGACUGGUAAUGAUCACCGUAGGUAUAAUGUCUGGGGCUCAGGUCUACCCAGCAUGUCAGGUAUUAACAGAGCGAGUGUGAUUAAAUGUGGGAGGUAGGAGCUGUGAGGCUGGUGGAGAGCGCUGCUGCCGCUGCGAGCUGCAAACUACUGAAUGGGAAUCUAUCCGGCAACUUCACCACACCGCUGUCUCACGGCGACACGGGGGCUCUGCGUAAAACUAAGCGGCGCGUCUCCAAGUCUGGGUCAGCCCAACUCACAGGCGGAGAGGACGCUCAAGUUGGAUCGGGCGAGCAGCUUUUCACUUGUUACCGGCGCUCGUCUCCCACUAACAUGCCUGCCAUCAAAAAGGAGAGGCUGGAUGGAGACGACAUGGCAUUGACCGCGUUCAACCAGUCCGAAUACCUGGCCCCUUUAAAUGCCGCUGCUAUCCCCGUGGUGACCCCGCAUCCGCCGCCUUACGACCACAUUUUCGCCCAUCACCGCGCGUACUUGGGGCUUCACGACUCGGCGCUGCAUCACCAGCACCUCCACCAUCACACGGACGACUUAAUGCUGGAGAGGUUCUCCUCCAUCCCCGACUUUCAGCCCUUCUUCGACAACGGGGAGCCGUGCAUCGAGGUGGAGUGCGGAGAAAACAAGGCACUGCUUUAUAUCAAUAAAUUGUGUCAAGGUAGUAAGGGACCCUCAAUUAAAUACAGGGGCGAGUGGCUCACCCCCAACGAGUUCCAGUUUGUCAGUGGACGAGAGACUGCCAAAGAUUGGAAACGGAGUAUUAGACACAAAGGGAAAAGUCUCAAGACUCUUAUGUCCAAAGGAAUCUUACAGGUGCACCCUCCAAUCUGUGAUUGUCCCGGUUGUCGAAUUUCAUCUCCAGUGAACCGCGGGCGCUUGGCUGAGAAACGCACCAUCCCCCUGCCUCCCAACCGGGUCCCCAAGAAGGAGCUGGCCUCCAUCUUCAGCAGUGACGACAGUGAAGGCAGCGAGCGGGCCAGUGGGGAUCAUGCCCACAUCAAACAGGAGGACGAGUUGCAUUACAGUAUCAUGAGAAAGAGUCGUGACAGUGACCUCUCUACAAUCAUCUCCAACCUGCACCACACCAGACAGCACGGCAUGCCCGAGGGCCAGUCAGCCUCUGACCAUAACACCAGUACUGGACACACAGAUGACCUUCUAGGCAAGAGGAGAAGCUUCUCUCCCACCAGCAGCAGUGAGUGUCCCUCUGACAGCAAGAAGUCACGUAGCGUAUCCCCCAAAGAGAACUCCCAGAGCCCAGUGGUAGAGGCAGGCGGCAGCCACGGCCACAUGAGCCCUGAGGAGCACUACAGGCGCAUGAUGUCAGCGCUCAGCGAGCAAGGAUCCUAUGAGGAACAGCAGCAACGCCUCUACCAGCUGGCGAGCAGCAUGGGUCUGCCUGGCCACGACAUGCUGCGUGCUCGUCAGGAGGCGUUGGCUGCAGCGGUGAGGAAUCCGGCGGCCUUAGAAGCUCACCUGCCCUCGGCGGGAAGCUCCUCUUCAUCCAGCCAGAGACGCAAGCAGGGUCUGCCGCAGCACCGAGACGCACAUUACACCGACAGAGAACUUUCCCACCCUCCACCCCUACUGUCCCCUCCAACAGCCCCUCACAUCGCCUUAGGACCUCACCUGCGGCCUCCUUUCCUGGGCAUGCACUCAGCUCUUUGCCAGGCCCCUGGUUAUGGUUUCCUUCAACCAGCUCAAGCAGAGAUCUUUGCCCGGCAACAGGAGAUGUUGAGGAAGCAGAACCUGGCCAGACUUGAGAUGUCGGCGGAGCUGCUGAGACAGAAAGAGUUAGAAAGUCUCCACCAGCGACAACAGCAGCAGCGUCUUAUGGGCUCCGACCCUCUUGGAGCUCUACCUCCUGGCCUUCCCCCCGACCAUCCAGCCCUGCGGAGCCUCCACGACAUCCCAGAGGGCCAUCCGCUCCGUGAGGAACUGGCUCGCCGCUCAAGUGCAAUGCUGGUUCUUCGUCACGGGGCCGCCACGCCCCUCUUAUCCCUCAACCACCAUCACCAGCAGCAACAACCAGGGGGGCCCUCCACACCCAAAGACACCCUGGCACAGAGCUCCACCUCUGGGCAAGAUGCUGAAUCCAGAAAGGCCCCCCGCAGGGGGCCCCAGACACAGCUUCGUGCUGGGGAUCACACAGGAGGAAGAGAGAACAGAGGAAGGGAGGAAGACAGGGAGAUGCAUGAUGAGGAGAUGAAGGACUCUGACAGUGAGACAGAGAUGUGUGAGGAGAGGCAGGACAGUGUCAGUGCCAAGUCCAGCAAUAAACCCAGGGACAGGGAGAGAGACAGUGGUAAAGAGACUGGCAGCAAGGGAGUGUGUGACAGUGCCAAGGAGACUGGAGAGAGCUCAGGCAGGCUGAGCCCCCCUUCUAGUUCAGCAGGUACAGAGUCACCCAGCCGCCACCUCUUCACCCCUGUACUGGGCAAGGCUGAUGUCAAGUACCACCUGCCACCUGGGUUUAUGCCACCACUGCCUGCUCUUCACGCCCAGUCGUUGCCCUUUGGAUUCCCCUACGCCAACCCCUACUUUCACACAGGCUCUAUGGGAGGUCUUUUCAUGGAUGGGGAGGACUCAGCCACUGCAAACCCUGUGGAGGACAUCAGCAAGUGGAGUGUGGAGGACGUGUGUGGCUUCAUAAGCAGCCUGGCCGGAUGUGCUGAAUACACACAGGUGUUUCGGGAGCAGGCCAUUGAUGGAGAGACAUUACCGCUGCUCACUGAGGAGCACCUGCUCAACACCAUGGGACUAAAGCUGGGGCCUGCGCUCAAGAUCCGCACACAGGUGGCGCGGCGUGUUGGCAGACUUUUCUACAUGACUGGAUUCCCGCUGGCGUUCCCGUUUCCGCCUUCUGCCAUACUGCGCCCCCCAGAGCGGGAUCGGGACCCUCUGACCACGCCAUCUGACACCCCUUUGCCCUCGUCUCUGUCGCUGCCCCACAGACCCACCUCCACCAGCAGCAGCUCCUCUCCUUUCAGCGGGCCCACCCCAGGGUGCUCUUCCCCCAAGCAGGAAAACGGCUCCAUGGUGGUGGGAAGAUACGAGGCCAAAACUCCUUCGUAGGAGUGGACAGGCAGGGGUGAGGAGGACAGACCUACGUCUAACUAACCGGAGAG